AUGAUUCCGCGAGAUCAACGCCGCCGGAGCCCCGAGAGGGAGCGCCGCCGACGCGCUGACCGCCGCCAUUCCAGAGAACAGCUCGCCGCUGCCGCCCUCGCCGCCGCCGCCGUGGGCCAAACUGCUGCCGCCGGCCCGUCAUCCACCCGAUCCCGCGCCAACUCCAGCACUUCGUCUUCCGCCGUCACCUCUUCCGACGAAGACAGCGCCCCCAAAAACACGGGAUGGGGCUUCCGCUCUUUCUUUUCCUUGGCAUCCUCCAAGAAAGUACGGAAGCGCCGAUCUUUUCGCAAGAAGAACUACUCCUCGUCUUCCAUCGACAGCAACUUGGCCUAUGGCGGGUACCAGUCCAGGUCUUCCCUAGAGUCGCAGCGAGGUGCCAGGAGAAGGAGCGGGCCGCAGAGGAAGAUUAGCCAGACCUAUUCUCAACACUCCCACCACGACAAGGAGUAUCAACACAAGGACCAGCCCAAGGAUCAGUACAAGGAUCAUCAUCAGUACGAGCCUCAGCAUGAGUACCAGCGCCCAGAAUAUGUGCCCCCGGACCAAUAUGCGCACUCGGACCAGCACACACCACGACCAUAUGUGCCCCAGGACCAGUAUGCGCACUCGGAUCAGCACACACCACGACCAUAUCAUCCACAGCACUCACAUGCGCAUUCCGAGCCUUACUAUCACCACCAGCAUCAGCAAUACCACCAGCAGCAACCCCAUGCUUAUCAGCACCCUGCGCAGCACUACCAUGACCAGCCCGAACACGAUCCAGAGCUCUUUACUCCCGAUGGUCGACCUAACUUGGCGCGAACAAAGACCGACGAGGAGAUUAUCGAACUUGGGCGCAAGAUCUCUGACCUUGCUAGGGCCUCCAACCUUCGCGAUCUGGAAAGGGCUGGCAAGCAACGUCCAUCUCAGCUGGUAGGUGCCGCAACCGCCAUCUCCAACUUCCGCCGCCAGAAUUCGAGGAGGAAUGGACGCCGCGGUCUUGCUCCCUCCAAGUCCAAGCGCAACGAACAAAAUGACCAUGAUCAGGGCUGGGACACGGCUUCGGAUUCGGACUCCGAUUCGGGUGACAACACGGAGGAGGCCAGCGCUAGUGACUCUGACCUCGCCUAUGGCUCAACACCUCAAUUCUCGGACGAUAAGCUGUCUUCUCCCCCGGCUGCCGCGCCUCCACCACCGACUAUCAGCCCCCAGAAACCCUAUGUCAGGAACAAGGCCAUCGAUCCCUCCAAGUUUGGUCCCGUCAACUCCUUGCACGGCCUUGUGACUCCUCUGAAUGGGUUUCGAUCGACCGAGAACGCGCCUCCACCCCGUCAGUCGAAGCCCUGGCUUAACAGAUUCGAGAACGAUCCUCUUCCGGAUCCCCACAGGUUCGAUGCUGUCACCAGUCCAACUCUGGUAUCCGGCUCACCUCUGAUCACGUCACGACCCGUUUCUGUUGCCAUCCAGGCCCCCAAGCCCCGUGUUCCGGUCUCGACACGCGCCCUGGAGGAACACCCCAUGCCGCGCCAGAGAUCCGCCGAUGGUAGGCAUCUUGUGGCCGACUCUGCCUUGGCCAAGUCCAUUGGAGCUGCAGCUGAUAAACAUGAAGUGAUCCGAGAUGACACGCCGCCUUCCAAUUACCGACAACAUCGCUCACGUGCUUCGUCUCACGUCCAGUCGCAUGCUUCCCAUACUUCUCAUACCUCCCACGUUCCAGUCCAUGUCCAAGUACCGCUCCCUACGACCCGUGACCUCGAGUUCGAUGAUUGGCACGACUUCGAAGACCGCCACAGCCGCCUAACCUCCGAUGUUCCCAAGUUUCCCGACCCAGCUGCUGCCGGCGUUGCCGCAGCACUCAUUGGAACUGCCCUUUUCCAGGACCGAAACCGACGAGACGACGAAGAGGAUCGCAACCUGGACCCCAACCACGUUCUGGCCGAGUACAAGCAACGUGUACAGCAGGAGGAAGAGCGGCGCCGGAAAGCCGAAGAGGCUGAGAAGGAGCGUCUUGAGAAGGAGCGCCAAGAACGGGAGGCCCGUGCUGCCGCCGCCAUCAAGCGGGAGCGUGAAGCGCGUGAAGCUCAGGAGGCUGCUGAGCGGGAGGCUCGCGAGAAGAAGGAGGCAGAGGAGCGUGCCGCUGCCGCUACUCUUGAACUCGCCGCGCAGAGGGAGCGCGAAGAGCGGGAAGCGCGUGAGGCCCUUGAGAAGAUGCAGAGGGAGGCUGAAGAACGCGCUGCCGCUGCCGCUGCCGCUCAACGGGAACUCGAAGCUCUUGAGAAGGCUCGUCGCGAGGCCCAGGAACGCGAAGUUCAGGAAGCCAUUGAGAAGGCCCGCCGUGAAGCGUUGGAACGCGCAGCAGCUGCUGCUGAGCGGGAACGUCAAGAGCGUGAGCAUCUAGAGAAAGUCCGUCGUGAGGCGGAGGAUCUUGCUAUUGCUGCCCGACGAGAGCUCGAGACCCGCGAGUCUGCGCUUGAGGCUGUCGCCAAGGAAGCUAGGCGUCUCCGUGACGAAGCCGAUUACCGUGAACAGUACGAACGCCGUGUCCGAGAAGCUCGUGAAAUGCAGUACAAGGAGGAGCGACGGAUGCAUGAUGCUCGAUAUCGCGCUGAAAGGGAGAACAUGGUUGUCGAUGUUGAGCCCAGGCACCGUAGCACUAGCCGGCAACCGAGGGAUGAGUCUCCCGAGGAAAAGCGCUCCAAUACAGGUAAGGAGACUGACCGGGAGGAGCAUCACCGUCCCAAGCGUGAGGCUGUUACCGUCAUCAACGAGCGCGACCUUCCGAAAGACGAGCCUAAGCCCAAGGUCGAAGAGCCAACCCGAUCCGUUCCGGAGAAGAAGCGAGAGAGUAUGGGCGACACUCUCAACCCGAAGCCCAAGAAGCCCAGCAAGGAGGAGAGACGUGCUAAGCGCGCCGAAACUCUUCGACUCCUCGCCGAAAUGCAAAAGGAACUCGAGCUCGAAAAGGAACGGGCAAGGAAGUUGGCCGAGCUUGAAGCCGCUGAGCAGCAACAAGAGAAACCCAAGGACGAGGAACCUCGCAAGUCCAGCCAACCCGUUGUGCCAGAGCCUUCGAAAUCCACCAAGGACCAGGUUAGUCGCGACUCCAAGGCAGCUCCAGCUCCAGGACCAUCCCCCUCGAAGUCCCCUAAAGGCGUAAUUGACCCAUUCCAAUUUCAGGUUCCGGAUGAUGCGUUCGCUACACCGGUUUAUGCUACCCCGGCUAGGCCACUGACUCCCCAGGUCUACACUGUUCCCGAGCCUGAUUUCUCGCCUCCCAAGCGCCGUCAAAUGAUCCGUCAACUAACCGAUGCGGAACUUGAGAUUCGCGAGAGAGUGACUCGUCGUGACUCGUUUGAGAUCCAUCAGCGUCAAGAGGAGAUCCGCAGGAGCAGGAACGCAUCGGAGCAGCCAACCACCAAAGAUGCUGACAAAGCGACCGUUCCCGAGACCGACAAGGAGACUUUGAUGGCAGAGGAACCUGAACGUGAGCGGAGCCGAAGCCGUAACCGUGCAGGAAGCCGUGUUCGCGAAUCCGAGCCACUACGCGACACGACCGAAGAGCCUGGGCGUACUCGUAGCCGGAGCCGUCAACCCAGUCACGUUCGCGAGGCGGAGCCAAAGCCAGAUCCUCAGGCUGAAGCCAACAAGUGGUAUCGUGACUACGUUGGCAACCGGCGGGAGGAACGCUUGCGCAGCAGCUCGCCUAGCCGAUCAGUCGUGGAUAAGUAUGACGAUGCCCUGUUUGGACCGCCGACACCUGUCAUCGUCACAGCGGAACCAACGAUCAUCACGGCCGAACCUAGCUGGGCCACCGCUGAGCCCGCAGAUGAUGGAAAGCCCAAGAAGAGCAAGUACGCCGAGCCCAAUGCCGAUGUGAAGAUCGAUCAUGUCAUCUUGCCGAGAGAUCUGCAUAGGUUCCUCACGCCGGCGGAGGAUCACUCCAGUCUUCAUGCGCCCACUGGACAGCCGAUGUUUACUUCGAGAGAUCCGUCGUGUGAGAGGGAUAGGCCGUUGUUGAAUUUGGUGCUGCCUACGCCAGCGCCCACUCCCACUCCUGAACGUCAACGGAGGGAACGCGCAAGACAAGCCGCCCGCGAGUCCGAGCCGGAACCCGUCACGACCAAGCCUUCCUCCGAGGAACCCUACCUAGCUCCCGCUGCCGCCGAAGAAUCGAAGAAGCCGAAUUACAUCCUUAACGCCCGCGGUGAAAUUGAGAUCAUUGCCCCCACCCCAAAAGAUGAGGAUAACGAGUCUGUCAAGUCAGAUGGGUGGGUGGAGCCCGUGGCUGAUACCGGGUUGACGCACGUUGUUGCGGACAGGUCGAGGCAAGCGGCUGUGGAAGCGAUCAAGCGCGCAUUGCAGCCUAAGAGGAAGGCGAGCAGUGCUUGGGGAGCGCUUGGUGAUGCGGUGCUCAAGAAGGUUGCUGAGGAUAGGAAGGCCGCUGCUGAGAAGAAGGUCGAGAUCCCGGCUGCAGAGGAGAAGAGCCUUGCUCCCGAAGUCGAGAACAAAGUUGAGGUCCCGGCUCCGGUUGUUGAGGCCCCGAUCGUCGAAGAGAAGCAGCCUGAAGAGCAGAAAUCGCGGGAGCUCCAGCCCCAAACAAAGCCGAUCGAGGUUGAAGUUGCUGCGCCAACAAAGAACGAGGUGCGGCCGGACGUUGAAUUACCCCGCCAAGCCCCGCAUCCCGAUCCCGAGCCGCAUCCGGAGCCGCACCACGAGGCCGCCCCGGUUCCCGCCAUUACCAUUCAGGAACCGGAGAGCCCGAAAGCGACUGAAGAGCCCAAGUAUGAAGAGGCUAAAGAGGAGCUUAAGGAGGAGGAGCAGGGUGCGCUUCCCGAGGGAGAAUCUCAUGAAGAGAAAGGAGAUGAGGCUACGCGUCAGAUUGUCGAUGAACCAACAAGUAGCCCCGUCAAUCCCAAGCGCAAGCUCCAGAAAGGCCUCGUAGAACCACCAAUCUUCUCUCCUUACCGCCCCACCUUCUCCGAUAACUUCGCCGAUGUGGUUUGCGGCGAGAAUCCGAACCCCGAUACUCAUGCCGAUACCUAUACUUGGCGCCGUGAUGGCGUGGCAGCGGAGCCCGAGACUCAAACUUCUACGGGUGACGAGUGGGAGUCCCUUCCGCGAAAAGCGGAAAUUGACGAGGACGAAGCCACGACGAACCCAGAGAGGACAUUCAAUCCGGACAACCGAGAGCCACCAGAUCAUCGGCUGGGGAAGGAGUUCUCGUUUGAGGUUGUGGACCGCGAGAACUCCCAGACCAAUUCCUCUGAUGAGAAUGCGAUGGAAGGCGAGAAGGUCGGCACCGAGCACAAUGGUGUUUCGGACCGCCGACCAAGCCACGAGUUCAUUGAUUUCCUGAAGAACCAGACCAAUGGCUCGACAUCGGACCGCAAGCACGACCACAUUAUUACCACCACCGAGCUGAACGGCAACAGUGAGGAGCAGUCUUUUUUAGGUAAUGCCGGCACCCAUGGCGCAGGUGCCGGCUCGGCAGAAGAGUCUGAUGCUGCGACCGCUUCUGAGAGCAAGGAAGCGGAGGCCCAGAUUCUCCCUCGCCCAAAUGCCACCCAGGCCUCCAUGGAUAGUAUCCCCGUCGCUAAGCCUAAGGAGGAGGAGGAGGAGAAAUCACACGGCAGCAACGCUGGCUCGGACAGUGCCCCCGAGCCGACCCAACUGCGACACACGGAUUCUCGGUUCAUCGACCCUGAGGUCCUAGUCCAAAGACCAAUCACCCCGGCCAUCGACCCCCAAUAUGGUGAUCUUCUUCCUUUGCCUCCUUACCCUACUCUCACGGGACCUGGGUACCGCUACCUUGCAGACUUGCCCUCGCCGCUUAACUUUGAUCUCGAACAGCUUCCAGCACUGCCGGAAAGCAGACCUUCUACCCCACCACCUACGUCUGGCUCUCCAAGCAAUGCAUUCAAGGCUGCCGUAGCAGCAAUGAUGGGCACCCAAUCCAUGGUCAGGAGACAGAGGGGUCAUACUCGCAGCCGUAGUGCGCUGGACGGUACCACCCCAGUUAGACUACCUAGCCAAACCGCCGUUCCUAUCCAGUUUCGGUUGAAGGGGAAGAGGUCCGGGUCAGUGCAUUCGCUUCCACCCCCUGACGCCUGGGGGCAGUCACCUGUUUCAAGGCCAUUUAGCGCCCAUGGUGACGCCACCGCUUCCGGUGGAACUUCCCCGGUCAGGAGCAGGCCGAGGCCGAGCAGCUGGGAGAGCUCGAUGAGGGAGAUGAAGCCUUUGUAUCUUGUGGAACGGAACGCUGCUACUGCUGUGUUGGCGCCGGCUGAUACCGAGGAGGCUCUUCCUCCCCCGGAGAGCUUUGAGCUCCCGGAGGAUGAUGAUUUGGACUUGCUGCCUGCUUUGCCGGAGAGUGCGCCGGAAAGUGAGGCGGGGGGUAUGUCGCCUGUUGUUGCCCCGGAGACUGAGGCCGAGGAUGAAGUUUUGAAGCCCGUGGAUCUUUCUACGCCUCAGGUCCCUGAGACUAUUGAGACCGUUUUCCCUGCACCGGAGACCGUCAAACUUCCUGUUGACCAAGACCUGGACCUCCUCCCGGCUCUUCCUGAGAGUGACGCUGGCUCACCCAUCGCCACCCCUGUGAAUCUCUCAAAGGAUCUACCCGUUGAUGAGGUCCUCGAGCAGGUCCAAGUCCCUAGCCCGGCUCCUGAUGAGAAGGCUCUUCCCGCCCCAGAGACCGUCAAGCUCCCCAUUGACGAGGAUCUGGAUUUGCUACCUGCUUUGCCUGAGUCUCCGACCACCGAGAGUGCUGUGCCUGUGGCGGCUUUGCCGGUGUCCGUUCCUGAAGUUUCCGAGGCUUCUGAUCUCACAGAGGCGUCCAAGGCGGUUGAAGUCGAGGUCCCAGCUGCUGUAUCCGUCCCAGCUGAACAGGUUCUUCGUGCCCCUGCCCCCGAGGCAGUCAAGCUUCCCGUUGAUGAUGACCUGGAUCUUCUUCCUGCUUUGCCCGAGUCCCCGAUAACCGAGUCUGCUGUGCCUGUCUCUUUGCCAGCAGUUGCCCCGGAGGUUGUUGAGGAGGCUCCGGCUGCUGAUAUCCCUGAAGCGGUUGAGGUUCCCAAGGCUAUUGAGGUCCCCGCUCCGGUUGAGAGAGAUCUUCAUCUUCCUUCUCCAGAGACCAUCAAGCUCCCCAUGGACGAAGACUUGGAUCUCCUCCCAGCUCUACCGGAGAGUGGCCCUUCUUCACCUACUCUUCCUGAGCCAGACUCACCUGUCUCCGUUGUCAAGUCCGAGCUGGAAGCUGUAUCCGCCCCGGUGGAGGAAGCCAUCCCUGCCUUGGAGACCGUCAAGAUCCCAGAGGACAUCGAGCUUCCUCUUCCUGUUGAUGAGGAUCUGGAUUUACUUCCAGCUCUGCCUGACUCUCCGGCAGUCGAGACUACGCCUUCUUUCUCAGUCCCGGCACCCGAAAUUGAAGAGACCUCGAAGGCUAUCGAGACACCGCAGACCAUUGAAGUCCCGGUUUCUGUCGCUCCAGCUCCCGAGACUGUCUCGCUACCGGUCGAUGAGGAUCUCGAUCUUCUGCCUGCGCUCCCGGACAGUCUUACUACUUCCCCGACAACUGAGACUAUGCCAUCCCUGCCUUUCGUGGAGGAAGUAGUUGAGGAGACGUCGAAGGCCGUUGAGCGUGAGGUCCCGGUUCCGGAAAACAUCAAGCUUCCAGUCGAUGAAGAUCUCGAUCUCCUCCCCGCUCUACCAGACAGCAUCGCUACCUCUCCGACGGUCGAGGCUGCCCCAUCUCUACCUGUUCUGGCCCCCGAAGUUGCAGACGCGCCCAAGGAGAUACAGGUUACUCCCGAGACCAUCACACUGCCGGUUGACGAGGAUCUUGAUCUCCUGCCCGCACUUCCUGCAAGUGGCAAUACUUCCCCAGAGAGAAGCACUUCUCCCAUUCUCGAGAAGGCCGCCUCGCCUGUCAUUAUUCCUGAGCCCGAGACAGUAGCGCUACCUGUUGACGAAGACUUGGACUUGCUUCCCGCGCUUCCUGAAAGCAGUCCGGCGUCACCCACGAAGGAACAUGCCUCUCUCGCUACAUCGCCGUUUAUUGCUCCUGCCGUUGAGAGGGAGAUAGAUAACGAGGCUGAGCUUGUUUCGGAAGUUAGCCGUGAAUUGGAGGUACCCAAGGAGCCUAUGCCUGAGCCGGAGACCAUUUCAUUGCCGGUUGACGAAGACUUGGACCUUUUGCCCGCUCUCCCGGAGAGUGCUCCUGCUUCGCCUACUAAGGAGCAUGCUUCACUUGCUACUUCACCGGUCGCUUCCCCUGCGCUUCUCAAAGAAAUUGAGCCUGAGGCUGUCUCAUUACCGGUUGACGAAGAUUUGGACCUCCUACCUGCUCUUCCCGAGAGCGGUCCAGCUUCUCCGGCAUUGGAGUAUGUUUCCCGUUCCGCUUCUCCAGUGGCUCACGUGCUCGAGAAGGAGCCUGUUUCUGAGGCUAUCUCUGAGACUGUCCGUGAAAUUGUCCCUGAGCCCGAGAAUGUAGCACUUCCUGUGGAUCAAGAUUUGGAUUUACUUCCUGCUCUUCCUGAGAGUGGCCCUGCUUCGCCUACUAAGGAAUAUGCUUCCCUUGCUACCUCGCCGGUUAUUGAAGCGGUCGUCGAAAAGGAUUUUGUCCCGAGUGUCAUUUCCGAGGUCGUGCCUGAACUCUUGCCGCUCCCGGUUGAUCAAGACUUGGAUCUUCUUCCGGCCCUGCCUGAGAGUGGGCCUGCCUCACCUACCAAGGAACACGCUUCGCUUGCCACUUCCCCGGUUAUUGAAGCAGUCGUUGAGCCCAUCAUCGAAAAGGAGCAUGCUGUUGAGACCAUUCCUGAGGUUGAGGUUAUCCCCGAGCUUCUACCACUUCCGGUAAACGAGGACUUGGACCUCCUCCCAGCCCUCCCAGCAAGUGCUCCUGCCUCACCUACUAAGGAGCUUGCUUUCCCGGUCUCUUCUCCGGUUGAAAUCCCCGAAUCUGCUCCCGAGGUUAUUCCCGAGGACGUUUCAAAGGCCCUCCCACUUGAAGUUGUUCCUGAACUCCUGCCACUCCCGACCGACCAGGAUUUAGAUCUUCUCCCCGCUCUUCCUGAGAGUGGUCCCAGCUCCCCUGUGUCAAGGGAGUUUGCAACGCCUGUGGCCCAGCUCAAGGAUAUUUCAGUCGACAAAGAGAUUGACGAGCCAUCCAAAGACUCGGAGGACGGCUUGUCAAUCACCAUCCCCGAACCCGAGUCCGUGCCGCUUCCAGCUGAGUCUGAUGAUGGUCUCUGGGCCUUGCCUUCCCUGCCCGAGAGCCGCGCCGGUUCGGGAUACGCUUCACCUGUCACCGCUACUAUUCCGAGUGUUCAUGAGGUUGAAGAGGUCUCAUCACCCGUCAAGGCCAUCGAAGAGACUUCCGAGCUACCCAUCUCCGUCAGCCCCGAGACUGUCCGCCUGCCAUCUGACGACGGUCUUUGGGCCAUGCCUUCUUUGCCUGAAAGCCGCGAGGGAUCAGGAUACGCUUCGCCAGUUGCGGCAAUGCCUACUCUGGGUGUUGAGCCGCCCAUGCGGGAUCUUGACGAGUACUUCCCUGUGCUGGAUACCUUGCCUCAACUGCCCGCUGAUGAGGAUCUCGAUCUCUUACCUGCUCUACCCGAUAGCCCUGCUCUACCCGAUAGCCGUAGCGAGUCUCCUGAAAUUGCUCAGCCCUCGACGCCGAAGGUUGAACAAGCCGUCAGCGACCAAAUCGACAAGGCUGUCAAUAUCCCAGCCAUUGAGCGCAGUCUCCCAGACCCGGAAUCGGUCUCUUUGCCUGUGGAUGAAGAUCUUGAGCUCCUACCUGAGCUUCCGGAGAGUAGGAACGAGUCGCCUGAGCCGCAACCUGAGACUAUCCCAGUUGUUAUUCAUGAGCAAUCUGAAGAGGAGAAGGAGCGGGAUUUGUCCAAGUUGCCAGCUCUGCCUGUUGAUGAGGAUUUGGAUGUCUUGCCCGCGCUGCCUGAGAGCAGAAAUGAUUCUCCUGAGCCCGAGCCUUCUUCAUUGCCCAAGGCUGUUUCUCCAGAGCUUCUACCUCUUCCCACUGACGAAGACUUGGAUCUUCUUCCUGAACUGCCGGAGAGCCGGGGCAGUACUCCCGACCAAGAGUCUGCAUUGCCUGUCGUUGCACCACGAUCUCCGGUUGUUGAGGAAGCUGUCAAGGAUGUCACCCAAGUCCCUGGUGCCGAAGAGGACCUCUCGCAGUUGCCGGCUCUGCCCUUCGACGAAGAUCUGGAUAUCCUUCCUGCCUUGCCAGACUCCCCUGCAGUUGACAACUUCCCUGAAGAGGAGGCCACCCAGGCCAGCCAGCUACUCGAGGAGGUGUUCACACAGCCUGCUUGGGAAGAGACGCAACCCACUCAACUGUCCGACAUGGUGUCCAAAGAUCUCUCUGACUUACCAGCACUUCCUGAAAGCAGAAGCGGCACGCCGCUCUCUGACUUACCAGCACUUCCAGAGAGCCGGUCGAGCAGCCGUUCUGAGGACAUGGAGACGGCUCCUAGUCUCGAGGACCCCUCGGAACUCCCGCCACUGCCAGAAAGCAGGGAAGAUUCUCCUGAACCAAAGUCGCCGUUGCCUGUUCUUGAUGCCCAGCCAGCUCCGGAGUCACUUGCCAAGCAGAUUGCGCCUGGUCAACCAUGGAAUGACGGCGAAAGUCAAGGUACGGAAAACACGGUUAAUAAAAAUUUGAACAAAGCUGACAUUGGUUCUACAGAAGAAGCCAUGCCUACCUCUAACGAUAUUAUCGUAGGCCACGUCCGCCGCGACUCUUCCGAAGCCGCCCACCCAGGUGACAUCUACGAAAAGCCAUCCUCCCAUAACCAAGCCAAGUCCCCCAUGCUUAUCGGCAACAAUGACCCCAACGAGAUUGACUACAAGCUAGCUGAGACCAUCUACGAGGACAUGUGCGAGGACGACGCUUCUACGGUGGCUGCAUCAGACGCUCCCAGCUUUUUGUCCGGCGCAAAUGCGGAACAGAAGGAGCAGAUUGCUAAAGCCCUAGCGGGUGACUCCGAGGCUACUUCUAGCUUGAGCCCGGAGAGCUCCUUCAGGGUGUUGCAGUAUCUGAAGAAGAGGGAUGCGGCGAUGAAGCAGGGACAAGUGUAUGAGGAGCCUGACGAGGUUGUUGUGCCUGGACCUUCGUCGCAGUAUGAGGACGAAGAGGAGCAAAUUCCACAGGAGAUUGAGGAUGCGCUCGAAUCUACUGAAGAGCAGAGCAAGAAGGCCAAGGGAGUAUCGUUCGUGUCCCCAGAGGCUUCCGAAUCUGAGCCUACUCCUACCGAGAAGCCCAACGUUCUCGAAGACGCACCUGCCGAUGAAGACAUCACAUCUGACCAAAGCACCCCUCGCCAAGAGCUCAGGAUCGGCAUUCCAGGCCCAAGCUCCAGGGUAGCCAACCUCGAAGCGGUCAACGAUGAGCUCGAGAAUAUUCCUGAUACCGAAGCCCAAAAAGAAGAAGCUUCCAAGGCUUCGACCGACAAAGACAAUCACACCGAGUCUCCAUCGAGUCAGGAGUCCAGCGGUGAACCCCAGCUCGCCAAUGCCAAUCAAGAAGGCUCCAUCCUCGGAGGCGGUCUCGUCGCUGAGCCUGAGCGUCAGCGGCCAAUGAGAGUAUCCAGCCCCGACGACCAGUGGGGCACUCUUGGUGACCUGGACGACUUGGAUGACGAAGAUGACGAUGUCAGCGAAUACUCACCCGGCGGUACAUUAAUGAAGAGGCACUCGCUGACUAGAUUGCCGACGUUCCCUGGUGUCACGGCUUUCUUGGGCAGGAACUUGAGUAGGAGCAAUUCGGGGCCGAGUCCGUCGGAUGUGCCGGUGCAGGACGAGAGGGAUUAUUAUUCUAGUGAUGAAAGGGAGAUGUUGGGUGAUGAGCAGCAGGAUUUGUUAGGGGAUGAGUUGGAGAAGCGGUUGGAGGAGAUGAAGAUGGAUGAGGAGGAUGAGGAUGAGAAGACUGAUGAGAAGACUGAGGAUGUUGAGGGUGCUGAUGAGUCGCAGACCGUGCCCGAACCGGAGAUAACCUCUGAGGAACCAACGGAGACUGCCAGUCAGGACGAGGAUGCGAAUGCGACAAUUGCCGUUGAGCGCGAACCGGAGACAGAGACCCCCACGACCAAACACGACGAGGCCACCACUGCCGAUGGAAAGCAAACGGCUACAAACGGAUUGGAUGAAGACGGCUCUGUGACACCCACUCCGCAACAGCAUGUCUCUGAUGACCACCAAGGCGUCCAGACUGCCCCAUGUGAGAGCGGCAACACCACUGAAUUGCCGACAAGUGGUGCUGAGCAGCCAAUCAACACUCAAACGGAGACUCCCAAGGAUAUGCAACCUGCAGAAAAUCCCGUUCCCGUUCCUGUUGAGGGUGAAUCCCAGACCGAUGAUAAAGACAAGCCUGAGGAGCCAAAGACAGACGAUCAAGCAGCUACAGCAUCGCCAGAUCUAGCCUCGCCGACAUCAGAGACACUCACGCCUAGACUGCUGAGACUGUCAACUGCCAAGAAGGAAAAGAUCAAGGCCGGCAAGAUGUCCAACCCAGCGUCACCUACCACGGGCGCAGGCUGGGGCAUUGCCAGCCCUCCCAGUAUGAGCUUAGACAAGGCCCUCGAAGCCGCUGACCCGUUCGCAGAUGGAGAGUUCGAACGGCGCAUGAGAACUGUCAGUGCGAACAGAGAAGCUGAGCGCUCAGCCAAGAUCGCCGAGAAGGAAAAGCUCGAACGGGCGCUCUUUUUGCAACGCAGGUCUACCUUUGACGGUCGCAAUUCACCGACAUCUUCGCAUACCAGUGUUCUUGGCUCGACUUCUUCAGUGGGCGCAGAUGCUGGUUCAAACGCAGAGGAGAGACCGGCUUGGGCGCUCAAGAGGGCAAGCACAGAUAGGGCUGAGAAGAAGAAGAAGCUGGCUGCUGAGAAAAAGAGGAGCAAGAAGUCUGAUUGGCCAGAUGCCUGGCCGGAGGACUUUGAUGAAGAGGCUACGAUGCCACAGGAGCCCGGGCAUCCGAGCAUGUGGCCCGAGUUGCACGGGAGAGCGUCGCCGAGCCCGAUUAGAGGCCGAAGUGGUUACAGGACGCCGACGCCGCUUGGGCAGUACAUCGAGGUGGACUCAUCACGUUCACGAUACAACAACAUGUCUGAUCCCUUCACUACCGACGGUGGACCUAAGGAUAUUCCUCCCCCUGAACCCAUCCCUGAGGUGCCUUCGAAGCCCAUUCCUGAUGUUGGCUCCGACACUGCUACUCCCUUCUCGGAAACCAACAAGGAGCUUGGUGGUACUAUCAAGGCCUCUGGCAAGAAGGGCCGCAAGAGAAGAAGCUCGUCUCUUGCUGUCGCUACCGAUAAGGAAGAGGACGCCGAUGCCAACAACUCCGAGGCCGAACAAGGUGACUUGGACACUCAACCCUCCGGCAGUGCGCCCGGCAACAAGUCCAAGAAGAACAGAAGAGGACGGAAGGGCAAGGGCAAAGCAACGGAUUCCUCCCCUGCCGCUAAUGCUGAGGACGCCGAGGGCCAGGAGGCCUCGGAUGGUGAUGAGGAGCCCUCUUCUGGCAAUGCGCAAGACGCCAAUGCUGGCGCUGCCGGCGAUGCGUCAGGCAAGAAGAAGAGGAAGAAGAACAAGAAGAAGGGAUCCCAGGCUUCUUCCGGUCUUAUGAGCCCGCCUCUGGAGCCGAACCCUGAGGUUGCCCAGCUCACAGCUCAGCUUGCUCAGCUAACCGAUCUGGUUCAGCAACUGGUUGUCGACAAGACCAGAAGUGCCUCGGCGGACCCGGCGACUCAAGGUCGCAGCAGGCAAAGCUCUGGCGUUACUAAGAGUAACCCAAAGAUUCGCAGGACAUCCUCCGGAGGUGGUGGCGAUGGCGAGGCUCUCUACGACAGCGACGGCUCAAUCCACGACGAAGACGAAGAACCCGAUGACGACGCCGAGACGGCAGCAGCGGACGAGACGACCAAGGCGAAGCGCUUCAUGGGCGUGCCUUACCGACGCGGCAGCAAGUCCAAGUCAGACAAGGGCGAAAAGGGCGACAAGGCCAAAGACAAGCAUCAACAACAACUGACAACGAACGCACUCAACAAGAGCUCUUCGCAAUCGACAACGUCAACGUCAUCAAAAAUGAAUCUCGGGAUUCCGAAGCUGGGGUUGAAUUCGCUCUUGGGCAGCAAAUCGUCAUCGGGCCCCAAGGAGAUGAGCACGCAGACGAGCAGCCCGGAGCCGAGCCCGCGGAACAGCUUCAGCAAGGACGGGGAGGAGGAAGUCCCGGCCGAGGACAGACCGCCGGACCCGUCGAAGUAUCCGCCGUCAGCCAGCAAGCCGGUCAAGAGCAAGGUGCGCCGAGCGAUGAGCGGCUUGUCGAGGACGAGGGGCGCGCCCAGUCUGGAACAGAUCCCCGAGACGGAGUUCGAGGACUCGGAUCUGGAGGACGGAGCGACGUCGCCCCAGCCGAAACCGGGGAUGCUGAAUCGCGCCAUGACGGGCAUGAGUCUGGACAAGCUGGAUUUCAGGAAGCCGAGGUCGGCGUCGGCGGGAGGGGAGACGGAUCGCAGACCCGCGACGGCGACGGACGCGGAGUCGAUCAAUCAGGAUACUGCAUCGAUUACGCAACCGAAAGCGUCGGCUAUGAUGAAGAGGGCGUUUUCGGGGAUGAUUCCGGGAGCGUCGAAGCCAGGAGCCAGCUUGGAUCAGUCCGAGACGGAGUCGAUUUCCUCAGUCAGGCCGAGCAUGAUGAAGAGAGCCAUGACGGGAAUGAUUCCGGGAGCGUCGAAGCCAAGGUCGAGCAUGGACUCAACGGCAGAGCACUCGGGCGAGCGCAAGAUGAGCAUGGGCUCGGCGUUCAAGAACUUCAGCAUGGGCGGCAAGUCACGGGAACCGUCGAGGACACGGGAGCCGAUCAGUCGGGGACCGAGCAUCGAUCUGGGUCCGCGGGAGACGGACAGCGCGGAAAUCAGUCCGAACGAGAGCCCAGCGUUGAGACCGGAAGUGUCGCCGGAUCCGCACCCACAGCCGAAGCCGGGAAUGAUGAAGCGCGCAUUGACGGGCAUGAAUCCAGCCGCCUCACGACCGGAUAUGGGGGAGCGCCGCGAAUCGGAGCCGGUACUCGAAAAGGAGAAGCACAAGACUCUCGACCGGCUGACGUUCGGUAUGAUGUCAAGGUCUCACUCGACAUCAACGGGCAUGGGUACGCAGACUCCGGAGUCGGGGUUCAACAGCGCCGAACAGGACCUACUGGAGCCAUCGAGACCGGGAUCUGGGUCGGGGUCUGGAUCAAGCUCGAUCCAUCACCACCAGCAGCAGCAAUCAUCGGAAAAGAGCAAGACCAACAAGACGAUGAAGAUGCUGGGCUUGGGCGCCUUCACGAAGAAGGACAAGAACCCGGAGUUGGUCGAGACGCCGCCGGAGGUGAGCAGGCCCGGUUCGUCCGGGUCGCAUCAGACCACGGCCGCCAAGCCCAGCCGGUUGGAUCGGACGAUCUCCGGGAUGAGUCUGAGCAGGCCAAGGAAGUUAAGCCAAGAGACCCCUCCCCUGGACGCGGACUCGAGACCGGGGACUGGAUCGUCAAUGCAGCCGCCACAGCAGCCGCAGUUCCCGGUGAGACCGGACCCCAGCCCGGCGCCCAAGUCGAGAAUGGCCAGCUUCAACAAGGUCAUGACGCUGGGGCUGAUCAAGGACAAGUCCGACAAGACUCCUACGCCCAGUCACCACGAACCGGAGACAGUGACGCAGACGCCCAUGGAAUCGUCAGCCAGCGCGCACUCGAACGGGUCGAGGCCGACGAGCUGGAACAGCAAUCAGUUCCCCGAGAACCCGGUACUAGAGGGCAAGCCGAGCAAGCCGCAGACGAGGAUGGGAAGAGCGAUGUCAGCUUUGAGCAUUCCGACAAGCAGGAGCAGUGUAUCCCAGGAGAGACCGGCAAGCUCGUACCCGGAGACAACAACCAGUACCAACUUGACGGAACCGACGGACUUGACGGAUUCGCACUCGCAUCACAGCCAUCAGUCGAAUCAGACGGCCACCACGGUGACAGACAAGAAGGAAAAGUCAAAGAUGUCCUUCAAGAGCGUCGUAACCCUGGGUAUGGCGAGCAGCAAUCGGUCGUCGAGCAGUCGGAGACAGAGCGUCGAGCAUUCGUCCCAGACGCAGACGCAGCCGCCGCCGCCAGCGAUGCCGAAGCUGGAACUGCCCAGCUUUGGACUGGGAGACUCCCUACUGGGAUCGCCACCGGGGACAUCAUCGGGUCUUCCGCCUGCGGGAGGGUCGAUAUCAGCGCCGGGAACCUCGUACGGGUUUCCGAACAUGGAGACACCGUCGGAGAGAAUGGAGAGACAGGAGAGACAGAACAGAGAUCCGGAGACGGCGAGCAUGAUGAACCAGCCCAAACCGGGGAUGUUGUCAAGGACGAAGACGGCGAUGAGUAUUGGGAGUCGCAAGGAUUUCAGGGACGAUGGGGGGGAAGUAGACGAAAAGAAGGAGAAGAAGGUGAUGAGCACGAGCGCCAAGGCGAACUGGAAUCGGGCGCUGAUGGGUACGAAGGGGAUGGGGAAGAUGGGCAUGGGCGGCAUGUUUGGGAAGAAGAAGGACAAGGAGAAGGACAGGAGCGGUUUUGGGGUGAAGACUGAAGUUGAGGAGUUCACGGUGAGCCCUGAAGACGUGGAACUACCUGCUUCGCCUGCAGUCAAUCCUGAAGAGGUAGAACUUCCACCCUCUCCUUCGGUUCUCUCUGAUGCUGGGGAACUCACCGAAGCCGAGAUCAAGCCAAUUGAGCGGGACUUCGACCGGCAGCUUGAGAAAGACAAGGAGCUACGCAACCCUCAAGAGAUCGAACUCGCACCUUCUCCUUCAGCUGUGUCUGGCACAGAGAAGCUUACUACCGAAGCCGAUAUCAAGCCAAUUGAACAUAUCAUCAGUCAGCAAUUAUUCCAAAACGACAUAGAGCUUCCAUCUUCACAUGCAGUCAAUCCUGAAGUUGUUAAGCUUCCCGCCUCCCCUUCACCUUCAGCUAUGUCUGACGCUAUGUCUGACGCCGGGGAGCUCGCCGAAGGCGAAAAUGAGCCAAUUGAACAAAGCUUCAGUCAGCAAUCUCCCAAAGACACAAAAAUUCCUUCUUCUCCCAUAAUGAACCCUGAAGAAGUCGAACUUCCGGCCUCUCCCUCAACCCUAUCAGAUGCUGGGGAUCUCAUCGAAUCCGAGCCGGUGGUUGAACAAGCCAAGCAGAUCGUGGAGCCGCUUUCACCGGCCACCACUGACCGGGACCUUGACAAGGAAAACAAACCGUUCAUUGGGCAGCAAUCUGACAUCCCACUUUCCACGCCUGAGGCUCAGGAACCCGGCGACGUGGAACUGUCAAGACUGGUGCCAACUUCUGAGGCUAACAACCUUCCCUCUUCCCCACUUCCUAGUUGUUCUUCCCGCUCUUCCAUGUCUGCUUCUGAAGAGCUUCUACCUUCCUCUCCUAACCUUAUUCCAACUGCUACUAUUGCUACCUCUACCGCCCCUACUGCCGCCCCUACCGCUGCCACUGCCACUGCUGCCACUACAACCGCUAUCACUACAACCGCUGCUGCUGUUCACGUUACCGCUUCCGAGGCUACCGAGGCUACCCAAGCUACUACCCACGAGCAUGCCCCGUCACAACGCGCGGCUGCUCGUUCUUCUUCUCCUUCUUCACUUAGAAUGACCGAGCCUGAAGAAGUGGAGCUUCCUCCAUCUCCUUCACCGGCGCCGCCGCACACUGCGCCUAGGCCUGAGGAGGUGGAGUUGCCGGCUUCGCCUGUUGCUGUCAAUGAGACUCCUCAACAUGAACACAGCACUGAAGAUAUCGACGUCGACACCAAGCCUGCACCUGAGGCUACCUUUCAACACGACAAUGUCGACGUUGACACUCAUUCACCCGAACUAAGCCUAGACCAACAUGACCAGCAUGACCAGCACCCUAUCUCCGAGGUCAGACCCACUGAUGUCCAACUGCCGCCCUCACCGAAGGUUACCCCUGACGAAGUGGAGCUCGAUGCUUCCCCUGACUCGGAAUCCACACCUAUCAUCGACGACCUUCAGCUGCCUUCUUCUCAUGACGAACAUGAGCUUCCUCAAUCUCAAUCACCCAAGGUCGCUGUCGAGCCCAUGUCUCUUCAUGAGCUUCCAUCUUCCUCAGAGGUACAGGUUCUAAUGGCUGUCCCAAGCUCCCCGGACAUGCCAACAUUGCCAGAGACUAAACCCGAGGACGUGGAACUGCCGUCCUCGCCUUCUGAUGCCGAGCCUCAAGAGGAGCUUCAAAAUGUCACCGAGCUUCAUGAAGAUGCGGGUUCACCUGCUAUCAUUCCCCAACAUGUAAAGAUUCCGACUUCCCCUGAGCAGCGCCCGGCUUCCCCUCCCCUGGAGGUUGAAGCUUCUAAUUCUGAGCUCCCAACUGCUGUUACUGAGCCUGAGCUUUCUGGAGUAGAAGAUCUUCCGUCCCUGUCGAAGCAGAAGACACUAGCCGAAGAGUUGGAAGAGCUCGAUGGUUCUGGUUCUCCUGAGCUUUCGCGUUCUCCUUCUCCUGCUGUUUACGCCCAACAUGCGGAGCUUCCAUCCUCACCAGCGCAAAAUACACUAGCCGAAGAAUUAGAAGACCUCUCUGACUCUGAUGAGCUUUCGCGUUCUCCUUCUCCUGCAGCUGACGUUCAAGGAGCCCAAGUCCCAUCUUUCACCGAACUUCCUAAGGAUGCAGACCUCCCACCAUCUUCCCAUUCUUCGCCUAUGGUCGCACCUAAGGACAUAGAGCUCACAGGCUCCCCUGCCCCUGAGCUUGCGCUUUCACCCUCUCCUGAGCCGGAAACCGAUAAUCAAGAUAAGGAGGACCAUCCAGUCACUACUGAGCCCCACGAAACCGCCGCCAAUGUCACAUUCUCAACUUCGACCUCGCCCAAGGCCUCACCGAAGGUCAGACCCGAAAACAUCGCACUUCCGCCUUCCCCACAGCUCCUCCCUUCGCCUAAUAUCGUACCCGGCUAUCAAUUCUCGCCUGAGCCCAUCUCUGAUGAUGAGGGGCUGCCACUUUCACCUGAGGAUGAGUUUAUGGAUGAUGACGGGUCGCCGGUUGAUGUUGAGCAAUAUGAACGGAGCUUUAGUGAUGAUCCCCAGGAGGGGUUCGCGUCCUCGCCUGAGGGUGAGGAUGAGCACAGGGAAGUCCAGCACUCUCCUGAAGUUUCACCCACCGUUGAGCUAGCUGAAGACGUAGAACCUUCGCGUUUUUCUUCACCCGCAUCGUCGCCAAGAAUCUCACCAGCGGAAGUGGAACUCCCUGCCUCUCCUGUGGACGAGGUUGCACCGGAAGCUAUCGAGUCGCCAUCUUCACCCAAGUUCCCUGCUUCGUCCCCUUCGCCCAAGAGCACGCCUGAUGACGCGGUUCUUUCGCUUGCGCCUGAGGCGGCACUGGAUUUCACGCCUUCUUCACCUCUGGAACGCUCGGUUCCUUCGACUAAGGAUACUGCAUUCGAAGAGAGGACCGUUUCACCUGCACCCGAGAAGGAAUCAGCAUCGUCGCCCGAGGUCACACCGGCGCACAUCGAGCUCCCAGCUACUACUACCGAGCAGGAGAUCACCUCCGAGAAUAUCGAGCUUCUGUCUUCGGAUAAGAGCACACCCCGUGACGCGGUCCUUUCGCCUGCACCUGAGGUGGAAACCGUCGAAUUUGCGCCGUCGUCCGAGGUGCAAGGCCCAGCUUCGCCCAAGAUUUCAUCCCAGGACGUGGGAUUGCCAAAGUCGCUUUUGCCUGAAGCCGAACAUGAAGAGAUGGAGCUUCCGAUUACGACUGCACAGCUGCCUGAAGAUGUUGAGCUGCUACAGUCGCCUUCCGAGACCGAGUCCAAAGACCUUCCGAUUACCACUGAGAUUUCUACUGGCCACGAGCUCCCGACUUCCACUUCGCCAAAGUUCUCACCCGAAAACGUGGAACUCCCAAUGUCGCCUGAGGUUGAAGUCCAGCACGUGGAAUUCCCGACCCCAGCCAACGAAGUCACCCGGAGCCUUGGCGAUCAAGAGGUCUCACCUUCGCCAAAGAUUGCGCCUGCGGACAUCGAACUCCCGACCUCGCCUGUAAAAGAAAUCACACCCGCGUCUGAAGAACUCCCCAGCUCUCCCGAAAACCAGGUCCUAGACUCACCCAAGACAAUUUCUGGAGACUCUGGUUUGCCCGAGUCGCGUUUGAUGGAAGCGGAAGUUGAGGAGAUGGACCUUCCAACAGCUGCUGAGCAGGAUGACCAAAGCUUCGGCGAACAAUCUGACGAUGAUUUUGAAGCUGCGGUUUCGCCUAAGAUUGUCCCCGAGGAGGUAGAGCUUCCGCGCUCGCCUUCGUCUGUGGAGGACUUGGAUGUUGAUGAGCUUCAGCAUUUGCAUUCUCGUCAGAUUAUCCCGCCGGGUCUUCAUCGCGCGGCUUCGCCUCAUAUUGUUCCCGAGGAAGUCGAGCUUCCGCGCUCACCCUCGCCCGUGGGUGAGUUGGAUGUUACCGAGCUUCAACGGCUGCACUCGAGCCAGAUUCUUCCUCCGCAUAUUCAGCGUGCGGCUUCGCCCGAGACUGUUCCUGUGGAGGUUGUUGAACUUCCAGAAUCGCCUGUGGAGGAGAUCGUAUCUGAGGAGGUUCAAAUGCCGGCUUCGCCCACUGUUGUUCCUGAGGAGGUUGAGCUUCCAAUUUCAACAUCAUCCUCGCCCAAGAUCGCCCCCGAAGAGGUCGACAUUCCGCGCUCACCUUCGCCUGCGGAAGACUUGGAUGUUGCCCAGAUUCAACACUUACAUUCAACUCAGAUCAUUCCUCCCCAUCUUCAACGUUCCGUAUCGCCUACAGCCCAGGCCCAGGCUGUUCCCGAAGACAUUAAGCUCCCGUCUUCGCCGUUGGAGAAGUUUACACCUGAGGAGGUUGAACUUCCACAUUCACCUUCACCAGUGGAGGAGGAUUUGGACGUCGUUGAGAUGCAGCGUCAACACUCGGCUCAAAUCCUUCCUCUGUACGUCCAGCGUGUGGAUUCAACUUGGGGUGAGGUUGUUCCUGAGGAGGUUGAGCUUUCGACUUCGCCUCUGGAGGAGAUCACACCCGCGGAGGUUGUUGAGCUUCCACAAUCGCCAUCACCCGUCGAAGAAGAAUCGGAUGGUUCUGAGCUUCAGCCAUCAGUCUCGCAUCAGUUCGUGCCCGAGGACAUUGAACUUCCAGCUUCUGAGCCCGCCUCGCCCAAGAUCACACCCGAGGAAAUUGAGGUUCCACGCUCGCCGUCGCCUUUCGACGAGUCCAAGAUUGCCGAGCUUCAACAUCUGCAUUCGGCCCAGAUCAUUCCCAGGAACAUCCAACAUACGGCUUCGUCUUCCGGCUCGCCAAAGAUCACACCGGAGGAAGUCGAACUCCCUGCUUCGCCUAUGGAGGAAUUGGACGUUGAUGAGCUUCAGCAAUUCCAUUCUAGCCAGAUCAUACCUCCGCAUAUUGAGCGUCCGGCUUCGCCUUUAGCUGAGGUCGUUCCUGAGGAGGUCGAACUACCCGCUUCCCCGCAAAUUGUCCCGGAGGCAGUUGAAAUCCCCGCUUCGCCUUCGCUUCAAUCGUCGCCGAAGAUCGCACCUGAGGAGGUUGAACUUCCGACUUCGCCUGUUGCCGACGAACUGGACAUCGACCAGCUGCAACAUUUGCACUCGCGCCAAAUCAUCCCUCCGCAUAUCCAGCGUUCAGUCUCGUCUUCAGCUGACGUUCAACUUCCAACUUCACCCAAGAUCACUCCCAAAGACAUAGAGCUCCCGGUUUCGCCAGAAAUUGUACCUCAAGACAUCGAGCUUCUAGCUUCGCUAAUUGACGAGCUAGAACGAGCAGAACUUUCCAUCCUUACUAGGGAAGCUGAGCCCAGCGUUGAUCAGCAACUCGAUGGCUUGGAGGAGCACGAGGAUGCUAGGAGUGCCGCUUUCGAACUCCCGUCCUCACCUGACCUCAAGCCUGAAGAGUUCCAGCCUGAAGAGUUGGAACUGCCUCUUUCGCCUGCUAUGAAGCCCGAAGAGGUGGAAAUUCCUGCUUCUCCUCAGGUCGUUCCUGAAGAUGUUGAAUUGCCGGUUUCUCCUGUGGAUGAGUUGGACGACGAGCAGCUUCCAAAUGAGCGCAGCAUCAACUAUGAGCACGACAAUGUUCCUGAGGAAGGUAUGCUGGAGAGUGUCGCUAUUGAACUCCCCGCUUCACCCAUGACCAAGCCUGAGGAUCUCGAACUCCCCGCCUCGCCUGAGAUUGUUCCUGAAGAGGUCGAACUCCCGCCUUCUCCCACAGUUGAGUUGGACGACGAGCAGUUCCCAACUAUCGAGCCCGAACAGCCUGAACAGCCCAUUGAAGACAUGCAGACUCUCGAGAUUCCCGAAGACAUUCUGGAGACUGCCAAUAUCGAGCUCCCGUCCUCGCCCAUGACAAAGCCCGAGGAUGUCGAGCUUCCAGUCUCUCUUGAAGUCGUCCCCGAAGACGUGGAAUUGCCCCUUUCCCCUAUCGUCGAGUUGGAUCAUCAGCUUCCCAUUGAGCCUGUCAAUCUUGAGCUCACAUCUUCACCCAAAGCUAAGUCCGAAGACCUUGAGCUGCCUCCUUCGCCUGAAAUUGUCCCCGAAGAGGUGGAGCUUCCCGCCUCUCCCGUGGUUGAGCUGGCAGAUGAACAGCUACCAGUCGAGCCCGAGCAAUUUACUCGGGGCAUCGAAGUCCUCGACGAGGAUAUCCUGGAGCGUGCUGAUAUCGAACUCCCCUCCUCGCCAAUUGUCAAGCCCGAAGACUUGGAGCUUCCUGCUUCCCCUGAAGUUCGUGCUCAAGAUGUUGAACUUCCUCCUUCGCCUGUCACCUUACCCGAAGAUGUGGAACUUCCCCCUUCUCCAGUGGUUGAGUUGGAAGAUGAGCAGCUUCUGGUUGAGCCUAUCGAUCUUUCCGAGGUUCAAGAGGACCAAGGCGAAGAGCAGCUUGACAAGGACACUGCUCCCGAAGAUUCGCCCGUCAUUGCACCUGAAGACGUCGAACUUUCUCAUUCGCCCGUCCUUCUACCCAAAGACGUGGAGCUUCCGGCUUCACCUGCGACGGAAUCUGAGCCAGAACCAAUUGAGCCUGUCCGACAGAGCUUCGACUCGGACCUCUUCUACGAUGCUGUUGAGGGCAAGGGCAAACAACCCGCAACCGCUGCUGAGGAACUAACACAACAGGGCGAUGCUGCAAAGACCAGUCCGGCGCAGAAAUGGGAAGUAGUCGACAAUGUCGACGAUGUUGACGACCUUGACUCUAUUGACGGUGUCGAUUCAGAAGUCUCGGAAGACGGCCUACUCACGGAGGCUCCAACAAGUAAGCAACCGAACCAAGAAAAACCAAACCGAGAACGAGAAGAGGUGGCUGCUGCGAUCGAGCGAUCGGAAGAUGAUGCCCCCAUCAUACCUCGAGACCCUUCAACUACUACUACUACUACUGGCGACGGACAUCAUGCUGACAUUCUCAGCCGCGAAGCAGGCACCAAUGUGGACCUUCGUCGGUCGGCUGGUGGGUCGCCAGUUCCAACUUCCACGUCGAUAGCAGCAGCCGCCGCCGCAGCAGGAGCAGCAGCACUCGCUGCGGCCGCCGUGAAUGAGCUCCUUACAACAAAAGACGAUGAACCGGAACUGAGAGAUACCGUUGAAGUCCACCCCGCCGUCAAGGGUGCCAUCAAUAGAGGCUUCGAUGAGUGCGACUAUGCCACUGCCCUUUCUCCCACCACGGUCGGCCUGGGUCUCAUUGAGGAUGCCCCCAUGGAUCUGUAUCCUAUGGAUGGGCCCUCUCCCAAGCUUCUCUCCGCUUCCACAUUUCCUCUAGAGGAAGCUGGAGAUGAUGGCGGCGAUUACUUCAAUAACGUCGAGUUGCCCGAAGGUGCUAUGUUCGAGGAACUUCCUUCCGAAGCUGAAGAGCCUACUCACGAGCACGCUAGCCACUUUACUCAUGACCCGCCCUCCGAGCCCGAGGAGCACGAAGUCAAGAAACCUCGGAAGUCAGUCGACGAAACGCAAGGGCCUGAGACACUAUUCGCUCCACGCAAACCUGCGCCAUAUUCCUCAACAAGGGAGACACUAGUCAAAGAAUCUCCCAAGCCCGCUGCUCCGUCUCCUUCCGUCGAAGAGACACGUCAACCCCCUAAGCAGGCAGAGCCAGUCAGACACAAGCGAAUCAAGUCCACCGAGCCAGCACGCCUCAACAACGAGGCCCUCGCAGCAUCCCUCUCACCACCCGCCAAAUUCUCAACCAGAAACUCAUGGCCCACCGGAAAAGCCAAAGCGCUCGCCGCCUCCUUCCUCGAGUCUUCUUCCAUCAACCGUGGCUCCUCCCCCGUCACACCCCGCUUCCCGCCGUCGGCAUCCAUGCAACAGCCACCGGCUUCAGUUCUGCUCAAAGAACAAUCCCAGCGCCAGUCCCGCGAACUAGCAGCCAACUAUCUCGAGACUUUCGCCGACGACCGUAAAGUCCGAUCUAAAUCCCGACCUCGCAGCCACCCAUCUUUUUUAGGUCAUACGGCACCGGACGCCGCUAGGGUGCCGGUGCCGGUUGAUUUGGAUUCGCUGGGGGAGACUGUCAUUCCUGAGAAAGAAGAGCCGGCUAGUCCGCCCUCUGUUAGCUCGGUAGACUCGAUGGGGUCGCCGGGUGGACAUGGACGGGCACAGUCACAGGCACAGUCCAUGGCUUUGGAGCUGGCUGUGUCGUAUUUGGAUGAUGACGGGGAGGAUGUCGGUGCCGUGCCCAUGGUGGUUACCCCAGGAGUGGGAAUGGAGAUUACGCCUAGUCCUGAGAGUUCGCCUGAGUUGCAGCCGGAAGAGACAAGGGAGCGUGAGGCUGAGACUAAAGCUGAGGCUGCGCAAGAGCCUGAACCCGAGCCGGCAGAUGAACAUGAUACUUCCCUCGAGUGGGGACGAGGAAUGUCUUUGCCCAGUGUUGAAGUCCAGCCCGCUACGCCCGAGGCUGUGGUCGAAGAAGAAGAGGUUGAGUCUUUGUUCGAAAUUCCCGCGCAUGUGCAUGAGGUUGAGACUCUGUCGUCGGUGAUGGAGGAGUCGGAGCCUACUGAUGAGGAAGAGCCCGUUCCGGCGCCUGCACAAACUCACAGUCACGAGGCGCCCGUCAUUACCAAGUCUAAACAUGACGAGUGCUCUUCUCCCUCGCCUGAAUUCCCCGGGGAAUCUCAAGACACUCCAGCCGAUAUCGACGUUGCUGAACUCCAGCGAUUACAUCCAAGACAAGUCAUUCCGCCUAACCUACAGCGCCAGGUCUCACCCCCUCCCCAAAUCAAGCCCGAAGAGGUUGAGCUCCCGUCCUCGCCUGAAUUUCCCGAGCCCCAGUUGACGCACAUGACGAAGAAUCGUGCCCGUGGACCUAGGAGAAAGGCGCCGACUCAACACACUCCCGCCGUUAUCGACAUUGCUGAGCUCCAGCGGUUGCAUUCAAGACAAGUCAUACCGCCCAACCUACAGCGUCAGGUCCCACCCUCGCCCUCGCCCAAGACCGCACCCGAAGACAUUGAACUCCCUUCCUCGCCUGUCCUGAAACCGGAGGGUGUGGAGCUUCCUAGUUCCCCGAUGGAGGAAAUGAUCCCUGUUGUCGCCACGGGCUUGGUCGCUGCUGGACUCAUGCUUGCUUCCGAGGCUACGAAGCACCACGAUCCAUCCGAGGGAGAGGACUCCGCACCUGCUUCUCCAGCCGAAGAAGGCGAGAGACAUCUGGCUGACAAGUUCGAGGACUCGCACCGUCCUGCAUCGCCAGAUGUGUAUCCUGAGGAUAUUCAACUCCCUGCUUCCCCUGAGAUUAAGCCCCAGGAUAUUGAGCUUCCUGCUUCACCGCAGAUUUUGCCAGAGGUUGAGCUUCCUGCUUCACCUCGGAUUGUUCCUGAGGAGGUUGCGCUUCCUUCUUCGCCUGUCAAUGAACCUGAUGAGGUUGAGCUUCCUUCUUCGCCUGUCAAUGAACCUGAAGAUGUGGAGCUCGCCUCUGACUCUGACUCGGAGGUGGAGGCGGAGGAAAAGGACACGACGCCACUUGUUGAAGCUCAUGUCACAGAGCCUGAGGAGGUCGAACUACCAUCAUCUCCUGCCAUUGAACCCAAGGAUAUUGAGCUUCCUUCUUCGCCUGUCAACCAGCCCGAAGAUGCGGAGCUCGCUUUUGACUCUAACUCGGAGCCGGAGGAGGAAGGAAUGACGACGCCAGUUGUUGAAGCUCAUGUCCCAAGCCCCGAGGAGAUCGAACUACCAUGGUCUCCUGCGACUGAACCCAAGGAUAUCGAGCUUCCUUCUUCUCCUGUCGAACCUGAGGAUGUGGAGCUCGCCUCUGACUCUGACUCGGAGGCGGAGGAUGAAGACACAAGGCCCAUUCUUGAAGCUAAUGUCCCAAGCCCCGAGGAGGUCGAACUGCCUUCAUCUCCUGCAAUCGUACCUGAAGACAUCGAGCUUCCGUCUUCUCCUGCUGACGAAGCCCAAGAUAUCGAACUCCCUUCUACACCCGAGCCUGAGCAUAAGCAUGAGAUUGAACAUGAGCCUGAACAUAAGUUCCACUCCGAGCCUGAGCAAGAAACAACAACCCACCCCCUGUUUGACUCGGAACACGAAGAAGAAGAGGAAGAUGACUACGACCCACUAGCCGACCUCCUCCCCUCUCCCGAAAUAACUCCCCAACAACAUCACGAGCGCUACGAGCGGGAACUUCCCCAUCCGCAUCCGCUCAUGAUGCACCCCGUGGAUUACUCAGCCCCUUACCAACACGGGUAUGACGAAGCGGAGGAGGUUCACACUCCUGUUCAUACUGAAAAGGUUGAGUUUUGGCACUCGCCUGAGUUGAGGUAUCAUUGCUCGCCUGAACUGAGACCUGCCGAACAGGAAUUUGCGUCUUUCCCGGAGGUAAAUCCCGAGGAUGUGCAUCUGCCUCCUUCGCCUGAUUUUGGUGCGGAGGAGGAGUCACCGGUAGCAAGAGAACUGUCUCGUGAAGUCCCAGACGAAUGGGAGAGCGAAACAGGAAGUGAGAAUGAGGACGAUGAGGAGGAUUAUGAUCAAGAUGAUCAUGAUGAUGAACUUCAUGAAGUUCACCAAGCACAAAGCGUGGCAAUCGUCGCCGGCACCGUCGCCGUGCUUGGUGUCGCCGCCGUUGUGGCGAAUACUUUGAAGAAGGAUGAAGAAGAGGAGGAACGGGUAGAAGAAAGAGAUGAAGAGAGUGAGGCGACAGCAAGUGAUGACGAGACAGAAGAGAAGAGUGAGGAUGAAGACGACAAAGUCAAACCUGUCGCGGUCACGCGUGGUAAUGACAAGCGAGAAGACAGCGAGGAUGAAGAUUCGGAGUUUGAGGGGCGAGAUGAGAGGGAAGGAGGGUCUGGAGAUGACCACGAAGAUGAAGCAGAUGAAGAAGACGUGGAGGAUGUCCAUGGUGAGGAUGAAGCGGACACCAAGAGUCUGGCAAGCAAGCCUUCUUCUGAGGGUCUUCCUUCACCUGGUCUCGACCGCCAAGAUUCCGAGACCAUUCCCAAGGCCAUCAGGGAAGGAGCGCCGAUGCCGUGGGCAAUUCAAAGCAAGCGUCGGGAAGAAUCCCACUCGCCUCCCCCGGUCGUGCACGAACGCACGUUCUCCUUCCCUGACGACAUUGCGGAUGAGGAAGCGUUUACCGUUAGUCGCUCGAACACGGCGAUUGGAGGUGGUGGUGACACGAAGCAUGGGGAAGGUCCGGCAGGCAGUCACGCGACAUCGGAUCAAACUCAUCAACAUCAACAAACUCCCAGCGCGCCCAUGUCCACUAUUUCAGACUACGCACACUCCUACAACAGCCUACCGACGUUGCAGGAGGAAGAUUGGACGACGGAUGAAGACAGGAACCGGAACGACAAGGACGGCGCUAUCUCUGGUCUUUUCAGAUACGGGACUCCCAUCAUGGAUCCCAACCGUGAUAGUGGCUUCACCUUGGGGGCCAGGGGCUCGCCGCAGAUGCCACGGUACGCGGUCUUCAACGAGCAGUAUCAUCAGCAGCAACAAGAGCGACAUGCCCAGAUCAAGGAGGAGGAUCUGCGAGAGAGAGGGGUUGAUCUACGGGAUUUUGCCAAUAGCCCGUCUGCCGGCAGUGAUCGGACCGAGACUGGACCUUCGUCUCCUCUGAGAACUGCUGAGACUCCCAGGGUGCAGGAAUCAGCGCCUGAGAUUCUUGAGGUCAACAUGGAGGUCGUCAAGGAGCAGCAAGAAACACCGCAAGACAAAGCUGAGCAACACAUACCCAAAACCUUGCCAGGCCUUGGAGUCGCCAUGAGGCCAAGAGGCGCUUUCCGGAGCGUCUCCGACAUCAGCCAGCAGUUGCAAUCAGCACUUUCAGGCCAAUCACCAUCACCGGUUGCCCGGCCAAUCCCAUCCAACACUGGUGUCGCACGACUGCGCUCUCCCGAGCCGCUGAGUGCCAGCAACAACCUCAACUUGCGGCCUGAUAGUCCAGGCAGCAGCAUCAGCAGCCGGUCUCACACAAGCACUCCCCCACUCAGACGGACGGACAAGCGGGCCACUGGCAACCUGCGCUCCCUCUCCUUUGGCAGCCAACAGGAUCCCGCCGCCAAGUCAUUCCUUGGAUCACUUGCAGAAGAGGGAGAGCCCGAUCGAACUCCCUCGCGUGGACAACACAGUGACACCACCACCACCACCCGAUCGGGAUCGACGCCGGCGGCUGCCCCCCACCCAAACCAGGCCCCAGCCACCCCUAGUCCUCCCCGGCCCAACACUAGCAGGGCCACCAGCGCUAACGGUGCCGCUGCCCUGGCAUUGGGCACUACCACCAAAUCCAGCCCUGUCGCUGGUGACGACAACAACAACCUCGACAAAGACAAGCACAAACAAGCUGUGACAACGCCCCGGGCUCUUUUUGUCGCAUCUGCUACGCCCGUCGCCAAUGAAGGCCGCACCCGAUCUAAGGGGUCAAUGGAUGUGCCCGACGUUUAUGAUGGCUUAGGCGAAGGUCGCCUGGGCUCCCCGCGAUCGCCCGCCCGCCCGCCCAGCUUGCGCAAACGACACAGUGUCCAGCUUAAUGCGGAGCUCAAUGAUCUGGAAGCCAAAUUUGCCCAGUUGUUGGCCGAGAAUGCCGCGCUGCAAAAAGCCAAAAAUGACGCCGAAGCCGAACUUUCCCAGCGCAAUGCCGACCUGAGCAGCAUCCUUGCCGACCGCGAUGUCGAGAUCGAGAACCUCCAGCGCGAAAUCCGAGAAACCCAAGAAACAUGCGACCGACUCGAGGAAACAUACGAGGGCCUGAAGAGUUCGACCUCCGCCAUCGCUGUUAAGCACAACGAGACGGUGCGCGCACUCGAAGAACAAGUCAAGAAAGCAUCCGAGGAACUGGCAGCCGCUCAAGGCGGACACGAACAAUAUACCAAGGCCAUUGCAGAGAAGGAUGCCCAGAUCGCCCAUCUCCGUGCCCAAUUGGACGCUCAAACCGCUCAAAUCCGCGAGCUGCAGGAGCAAAUCGAGAACCAACAGAUUGCUCGGUCACCGGAACCCUCCGGAGCAGACGACUUCCUCGACCUCCACGACGUCGACUACUUCGACCAGCGCCUCUCCCAGCUCUGCGCCCACGUCCAGCAAUGGGUCCUCCGCUUCUCCAAGUUCAGCGACAUGCGCCACUGCCGACUGACCUCGGAAAUCAACGACGAGAAGCUAAUCGACCGGCUCGACAACGCCGUCCUCGACGGCUCCGACGUCGACGUCUACCUGGCCGACCGCGUCCGCCGCCGUGACGUCUUCAUGUCCAUGACCAUGACCAUGAUUUACGAAUUCGUCUUCACCCGCUUUUUGUUUGGAAUGGACCGCGACCAGCGCCAGCGCCUCAAGUACCUCGAGAAACAACUAUCGGAGACCGGGCCCGUGCAUGCCGUCCGCCAAUGGCGCGCCGUCACCUUGACGCUGCUCAGCCAAAGACGCAACUACAAAUCCCAGCGUGACCGCGACACGGAAGCCGUCGUCCAAGCUAUCCUCGACGCCCUGGAUAAGAUCCUCCCCCCGCCGUCAGACAAGGAAAAAACUAUCCUCGACCAACUGCGUCGCGUCGUGAAGGAGGCCGUGACCUUAUCCAUCCAGAUGCGCUGUCAGCGCGCAGAGUAUAUCAUGCUCCCGCCGCUGCAGCCGGAGUACGAUGAGAGCGGGGAGCUGGUGGAGACUGUGAGCUUUAAUGCCGCGCUGAUGAAUGAAAGGUCAGGCGAUGCCGGGGUGCCCAGUCCAGAAGAGCUGGAGAGGCAGAGGGCUACGGUUCGAGUGGUGCUUUUUCCGUUGGUGAUUAGGAAGGGGGAUGAUUGGGGGAGGGGAGAUGAUGAGGUUGUUGUUUGUCCGGCGCAGGUGUUGGUGCAGAGACCGAGGAAGCAGAGGAGUGGAAGGGUUGUUAGUGCGGGCAAGGCGCCGGUGCCGGUGCCGCAGGGGAUGAGGGGGGAUGAUCAGAUGAUGGGGGGUAUGGGGUCGCAGGUUUGA